GUAUCAGGCUAAGCUGGCGACGGGGCAGGCUGUGUAGAGUGCCCCGUGCUCUGGCGCCAGAAGAGAAAGUACACUCGUGGCGAGGUGUUGUGUGUGUUGGUGUCGCCUGUGUGGUUGUGAAUCGGUUAAAAGUUUGGUAGAUUGAUUGAAUAUGAUCUCUUGUGGAUAGCGAAGAGGAUAUAUACCGAGAGAGAGGAUAUACCGUGGUAGAUAAACGUAGAUAAGAGGAAUUAACAGGAAAGUAAGUCUGUGAUAUAAAUAUUGAUAUACGACAAAGGUGAUAUUCAAAGUUGCGGGUUUUAAAUAAUUUCGGAUCAGAUUCCAAAAAAAGAGUUGUAGAAAGUGCUUAAAAGGAGGAAAAGUGUUGUGAUUUCUAACAUAUCAUAAUUAUAACGAUAUAAUUACCGAAUCAUUUUAGAUAACUAUACAUCCGGCUGUGUUUUUUUUUCGGUCAUUUAGAUAAAUCACAAGAAGACAUAUGGAAACCUUGUAGUAAAAAUGUCGAUGAAUUAUGACACGGGCGAUACUUUGUCCGAAAGCGUGAAAAUGGCUUCCCAUGACACUCUUCCACACAUAUGACACCCGAGUAACUGCGUCUAAGUGGGUGCUCUAGUUACUGUUUCCUUGACAAGUUGUGCUUUAUGGUUAUUGCUUCCGAGAGAAUGGGAUAAACAGGUGUGCGUUUGGAUUUUUUCUAUUUGCUGUGCUUUUAUGAUCUGCGUUUCAUCGUGCCAUUCACGUCAUCGUAUCUGUAUGUAUAUGAGCUUUGACUAGGACUUCGAAGCCUCCUUAGAAAGCGCAACGAGCUCGUUAUCCUUUCUCGCAAGACGCCCCGAAGACAUAUCGAAGAUGCCGGUCUCGCCCUAUCUCACGCAGAACAGCUACGCCACCCGGCCCUACGCCAGGAGCAACUCCAGCACCUAUGUCACGCCCUCGUACGUGGCCACGCCCUCGUACGCCACGCCCAAGUACGGCGAGGUGGGGUCGAGCGCCACCCUCGGCAGGACGAAGCUGACCUCGGCGGACGUCACGGGGGGCUAUGGCAGGUCCAAGUACGGCAUCCCCGAGAACGAGCCCUCGAGCGGGAUCUACGACCUGUCCAAGUACUCGUCGGGGGCGGCCGGGGGCUUCUCGGCCGGGAACUACCUGGCGAGGUACAAGUCGUCCGACAACAUUCCCGAGGCCGGAAGCAAGGGCCUCUUCGGCGACAGCAAGAUCAAGAAGUCGCCCUCGUCGUCCAGCUUCCUCUCCGGGAACACGGCCAGCCUCCUGAAGAGCCUCAACGCCGUCGAGUCGAAGCCCCCGCCGCCCAAGUCGAGGUUCACCGCCCUGCGGAAGUCGAGUCCGGUCGAGCGCAAGUUCGCCGGGAAGACCGGGGGCGGCACCUACGCCGACCACUACCUGGCCAAGAUCAACAAGGGGCGCGACCGGCCUCGGGAGAUCGACACGAGGGACAUCAACACGACGCAGAAGCCGAAGCUGCCGACGGGCUACAAGGCCGACGCCAACAGGGAGGACGGCGGCUCCAUCUCCCGCAACCGGCCGCUGGUCCGCCUCACCACCAAGCGCGAGAAGGAGAAGUCCCCCGAGAGCCACUUCAAGGUCAAGGAGAAGACCAUCAAGACCAUCGCGCAGAGGCUCAUCGAGAAGUACACGGAGCCGGAGAAGAAGGACAAGAAGCCCGACCCGUACGAGUAUGUCCCGACGCGGAGAAGAUUCCAGGUGGACACCAGCAGCGCCGCCGUCAGUAGUGGAGCUCCCCCCUCCGCCGCCGCCGCCGCCGCCCCCUCGCCCGCCCACGGCUCCUCCGCUUCCUCCGGCGUCGAUACGAGUCGCGUCCCCAAAGACGAGGCAACUUCCCCAACUUCGCCGCCGGAAUCUCGCGAGGCUCAGCAGGUAAUGGAAAAUCCACAAAGUUCUAAUCGCGAGGAAGAGGAAGAAGAUAUUGCCGCGAGGCUCCUGAGGGCGACGACGGCGGCCGAGACGAAGAAGGAGCUGCAGAGCGCCGAGGAAGUGAAGGACGCUAUCAUCGCCGCCGUCCUUCAUCCUGACGUUGACAUCGAGUCGGACGAAGAGAUGAAGGAACUGGUCCAGAACGAGGACGGAAGCUGGAAGAAGAAGAAGAAGGAGAAGAAGCCGUCGCUGAUCCCGAAGGACCUGAGCGGAGACGAAGGAGGGAAGAGCGACGACGGGAAAGGCAAGACGAUCGUGGUUCAGCUCAAGAGAUUCAUCGAGAGGAACCCGAGCAAGAAGCGGUCGUCAGCGAAGACUUCCGGCAGCGGCUCGAGGAAGUCAAAAUGUUCCGACAAGGAGGACGAGAGAAGUCUUCUUUCACCCGAGCUCGUUCUGGGCAAGAAGGGCUCGAGCAGAGACAGGAAGUCGAAGAAGAAAUCCGAGAAGGAAAAUGACUCGAUAAACAAAGACUCACUUCUCUCUCCCGAUUUACUCCUGGGUCCCAAAAAGUCGGAGGAGAGCAACGAACCCUCAAAGGACGAAGGAAAUGAGAGAAGCGAAAAAGAAACAGAAGCGAAAAACGACAAAGAAUCCGUGGCGGCGGAAAAGGCGAGCACGAAGAAGCCGAAAUCGAAAAAGAAGGUGAAGAAAGCCACGCUGAAAGAGGAAGCAGUUAAAGCUCCGUCGUCGAGAGGCUCUCAAGGCGAGGCUCCAUCAGGCCCGACCCUUGAGAAACAAUCUGUGACGGAGAAAAAAGACUCCGAGUCGAAGGAGAUACCUGAGACAAGCGCUUUAAGUCAGUCGGGGGGAAGGCAAGACGAGGAAAAAACGUUGAUCAAACCAGGUAUUGAGUUGCCUGAGCAGACGCCGGCGAAAGCGGAGGAGACGGAGGAGGAAACGAGAGAAACGUCGAACAAAGUUUCGGGAAUACCGAGAUGGAUGGGCGGGGAGACGGCGAGGAAAACUGUCGAGGACGCGAAAGAAGAGAAAGAAGAGAAAGAAGAAGAAAAGGUCAAACAUGAGGAACUAGACGACAACACAAAGAACGAAAACAAGACGAGCGAAGAGAAGCCCCUUGACCUUCCCCUCUCAACAGAAGCUUCUGAAAUUGUACAAAACCAAGAAGCCGUAUCGUCUCCAGAGGAACAUCCGAAGAAGAGAGCCUUGAAGCGCCCUCGUCAGGUGGGCCCGGCCGUCCCGCCAGAGAAGCCCGUCGGCAACCAGUUCCUCGAGGCUCGCAAGAUCCUCAAACGGCCAGCGAAGACCGCAAACCCCGUGAAGGAGGAGACGCCCCAGGAGGUCCCGACGAUCAAGGUCUGGAAGAAGCCCGUGGCGCAGCUGCUGCCCCAGAAGCAGGGCGACCAGUUCCUCCAGGCCAGAAGCGGUCUGAAGAAGCCAGUGAAGGCGAAGGAGGACGAUAAGGAGGAGAAGCCUUCGGAGGUCAAACCUAAGAGGCUGCUUAAGAAGCCAGCGGCGCCGAAGGAGGACGCGCAGGUCAAGGAGGACCAGCAGGAGCCUCGCGCUCGGCCGCUCAGGAAGCAGCGGCCUUCGGCAAGCAGGUCGGCCUCGUCCUCCUCCGACGAAGAAAGCACAACGAGAACCAAGAAGCAGGAGAAAACCAAACGACCUCUGAAGCCCAGACCGAAGCCUAGCAGGUCCGCUAGCAGGUCCCUCAGCAGGUCGCCGAGUCCUCCAAGAUCGACGGCCGACAAAACGAAGUCCCAGAGCUCCCUGAAACCGCCGGACACCGAGGCAACCACGCCGGACGGAAAGACGUCACCCAAGUCCUCGAAACACUCGGCCAAAGGGACUCUCGCCUCCAGCCGCAAGACGAGCGACGAGGGGCAAAACCGCGAGGGGGAAGGAGCCUCUCGACCGCCCUCCGCCAAGACCACAGACACCCCCAAGACGUCCUCAGAGACCCCGACCGCCGAGGAAAAAGCGUCGUCGGGGAAGGAGGCGGCCGGAGGCGAGAGGACCUCGACGAGAUCGGGCGCUGGCACCGACGGCUCUCUCGGAAAGGACCCGAAGUUGACUGCUUUCCAGUCGGCCGACUCCGGGUACGGGUCCAGCCCCAGCACGCCCCAGCCCACGCCACGCCGUCAUCCCCGACGCCAAGGACGAAGAGAUAUGCACCG